AUGCGACUCGAUGACAGAUACGUUUCGUACUUGCAGAUGGCCGGUCUAUACCAUCUUGCAAGGUUGAACGAUAGAUGGUUCCGGUUAGACGAGGCCCUUGUCAGUGCAUUCAUCGAGCGAUGGCGUCCGGAGACGCACACGUUUCACAUGCCGUUCGGAGAGUGCACGAUCACACUUCAGGACGUGGCAUACCAGUUGGGUUUGCUAGUGGACGGGCGUUACGUGAGCGGCUGCCUAUCAGAAUUCCAAAUUUACAUCCAGGGUGGCUGUCCAGCCUGGGUGUGGUUCCAGGAGUUGCUUGGAGUGGUUCCUCCUCCCAGCCAGCUGUUUGCGGACAAGUCCGGCAACCGCAUUCACAUCAGAUGGCUUCCCUACGUAGCUAGGCUGGAGGAGAUGGGAACCUACAGCUGGGGUUUUACAGCACUGGCAUGGUUAUACAGGUGCAUGUGCCGAGUGGCGAACAGACAUGUGGUCAAGUUAGCGGGCCCACUUCAGCUACUUCAGUCUUGGAUCUUCUGGCGAUUUCCUCGGUUUAGGCCUGCAGGGUAUGAGACGUUCAGCUGGCCAUUGGCGUCGAGGUGGUCAGGAUACAACCAUUCCGGUAGCGAGAAGGGUCCUAGAGUGCAUAUGUGGAGGCUGAGGAUAGACCGGUUACAGGACAGGGAGAGGUUUUGGAGCCUCGACAUAUGA